AGGAGGAGGAGGAGGCCGGCGAGCGCGCGGAGUGGCCGUUGGGGAGACGGCCGGGCCCGGCGCAUGGACGGCCAGCCUGAGGGGAAGGAGGACGGCCUCGGAAGCCCGCUCGUCUGAACCGCCGCGGGAGGCAGAGUGAAGACCGGUUCACCAUGUCCCGGAGGAAAUCAGAAAGCAAAACCCCUCCAGGCCUGUUGCCUGCACCUUUUCACAUGCAAAUAAAGACGGACAACUUCGGCGAUUUCUACGAAGUUGAGCCCAGAGAGCUGGGAAGAGGAAAAUUUGCUGUGGUUAGAAAAUGCGUCGCCAAAUCUACCGGCCAGGAAUUUGCAGCGAAGUUCCUGAAGAAGAGGAGAAGAGGCCAAGAGUGCAAAGCAGAAAUCCUUCACGAAAUCGCUGUGCUGGAGCUCAUGAAGGCGAGUGCCCGCGUAGUGAACCUCCACGAAGUCUACGAAACGACACAUGAGAUCAUCUUAGUGUUGGAAUAUGCGGCUGGAGGAGAAAUUUUUAACUUAUGCCUCCCUGACCUAGAAGAAACCAUAGAUGAAACGGAUAUUAUUAGGCUUAUACGACAAAUUCUCGAAGGUGUGUGUCACCUGCACCAGAACAAUAUUGUGCAUCUUGAUUUAAAGCCUCAGAACAUUUUGUUGAGUAGUAUACGUCCACUUGGCGACAUAAAAAUAGUCGAUUUUGGUAUUUCUCGGAAGAUUGGCAAUUGCACUGAACUCUGUGAAAUCAUUGGAACCCCUGAAUAUCAAGCACCAGAAAUCUUAAGUUAUGAACCUAUUACUACGGCGACUGAUCUAUGGAAUGUAGGCGUAAUCGCAUACAUGCUGCUCACGCAUGAAUCUCCUUUUGUGGGAGCGGACAUUCAAGAAACGUACCUCAAUAUUUCUCAAGUGAAUGUGGAUUAUUCCGAAGACACUUUUGCCUCGGUCUCGCUGCUGGCCAAAGACUUCAUUCAAAAGCUACUUGUUAAAAAUCCUGAGGAGCGGCUCCCGGCAGAGGCCUGUCUGUCUCACUCUUGGUUGCAGCAAGGAAACUUCUUCUCGUACAGCCCCGAAGAGACCCCCAGCUCUCCGACCCACGACCACACGAAUAAGUGCAUCGAGGAGAGGAACAACAACAGGCUGCCGUGUAGCGCCUCCUGCAGCGGGCGGAAAGACAAAGAAAACAUCCCAGAAGACAGCAGCACGGUCUCCAAGCGGUUUCGCUUUGACGAUUCUCUGCAGUACCCCCAGGAACUCACAGCGGACUUUGUGUGUUAACCCACGCACUCCUGCCAAGUUGCUCAGGCUGAAUUUAGGGUCCCGGUCUCCUCUGGCGCGACGAGGCCGCAGGUUGCGACGCUUGCGUUGUGGCUUGUACCGGAAAUGCACUUUCAGUCGCUUGGUUGUGUUCGCCCUUCCAUGGGCUGCCAUUGCUGGCAGUGGUUUCAGCUCCGGGAAACCGGUGUCUUGGCACCCGGAGCGGCCUGUCUGUGGAGUCCGACAGGUAACGGUAUAUUUGCACUUCUUACGUUUUGGUCCCCAAAGCGGCUUUUGGUGUGUUUAUAAAUAAAGUUGGUAAUCUGAGAAAAGUAUUGUUUCGAAUGUUAACCAGCAAAGCCUAGCCAAGGACAGAAUCAUGACCAUGUUUUAAGCCAAAGAGUGUCCUAGCAAUGCAUAUACAUAUUCUAUUGUAUCUGAAGCUAAAAAGUUGGCAGAGGGAAAGCUCCGUUGAAAAAUGCAGACUUGUGACUCACCGUGCUGUCUUAAGCGGAAUUACGUAUUUCUGAGCCCAUUUAGUGGACUUAGCAGAGUGUAGAUCAGUUGGGGAUGGCACUGUUGUAUAACUGCUGUGUUCUAAUGAAGUACUUUGAACCUGUAUUUCCACUCACUGGUGCUCGAGGACUUGGGUGGGUUUCUUGAACUGCAGCCAAGUCCUAGGCGCAUUUAAACAGUAGGGGGCUCCCUGGGCCUGACUCCCGAGGAAGUGUACUUAGCAGUGCAGACUUACACCAUUUUCGCGAGGAAGGUUUGUGGGACCCACCAGUUUGUGGGUCCAAAUGCAAAUGUAGUGCCUUUGUUGGCCUGAAUGUGCCCUUGACUUGACUCUCCCACUUUCUGUCCAACGUUUGUAACAUUCACACUCCCCCCCCCAGACAGUACGCUGAAAGGCUCUCCUGGUUUGAUAAUGCCUUUAACUGUUGUCUUACAAGCUGGUUGGGUACCUAUUGUGAGGCUUAAAUUCGAGGGCCCUCCUUUUCAUCUUCAUUCCAACAAGCCUAGCUUCGAUGUGUGGGAGGUCUCCAACAGAAGGAAGCAGGGUUGCCGUAGGUAGAUGUCUGCUCUCCAGAUGGUUAACCAUAAAUAAGCCACCCAUAGUUCAUCUUUGUGACUUUUGUGCAGAUCCACAUGGGACCGUACAUGUGCAGGUGAGCCACGAAGAUUUCUAGUACGUUCCCAGGUGCGUGGCGUGCUCUCCUCUCCCAUCGCGAGCUGGUGUUUCCCCGCCCAAACCAGCACCUGACCGAGUCGGUUCCACCUUAUGGUGCUUCGAACGAGAGGAACCUGCAGCUGGUGGUGGAGGUGGCGGCUCCUCUGUUAUGUCUUUGUUUAAAGGAAGAGGGCUGUCCAUCUGCCUUGCUGACUGAGAAAGUGUGCAGGGUGCUGGUACAUCUUCAGAGGUCGUCCUCUUGGGAAUGACCCUUGCCAGAGACACUCAACCCGGAGGGGGUGGGGGUGGGGUGUCCACAGAUCUGUGUUUGGAUUUGACCUCGCUUUUGGCAGAGGCUCUGACGUGGUCCUCGGAACCAAGGCUGAUCUGUGCGCCUAUCGGGGUGUCGGAUCCAACGACAGAAUUCGGGCCACUGAAGCCACAGCCCUCUUUUGGGCUAUGUCGAGCGCUUUCGGCGCAGAGUCUCGGGAGCUCGGAGGGCUGCCUUUAAUCCAGAAGCCCUUCCGUGUCGGGCUUCAGGCAUAAGUUGGCGACACGGGCCUUGACACCGUGGCCCUCUCCCAGGCCAGUGAGGCACAGUCCGUGUACAUCGGACUGAGCCGUUUUUGUCUCGCAUUUGGAAUGCUUUUUGAGCAGAGCCGUGGCUGUUAUUUUUUCAUUGACUGAGAAGGAACAGAUUUUCCUGAGGAGAAUCAAAAGAUGGAAAGGACGAAGGUCAAUUCUGCCUCCACGGUGGCAAGGGGAGGACUCUCCUCCUCCGUAGUCACGGUUUGGGCGGGAAACCACCAGCUCGCAGCAGGGGGGGAAGGCAACGCUCUGCGUGUCUUGGAAAGCACGAGCAGUCUUUAGAACCUUCAUCCCACUGUGGCUGGCCCGCACGUGCGCGGUCCCAUGGGUGCCUGCACAGAACAGUUACAAGUAAGUGCAGUCCGGUUUCCGUUUUUGUCGAGUGAACCCGCUCACCUUACACAAGAGACUACCGUGUUGUGUGUGUGUUCAGCUGCAUCUUCAGCACCACUAGAGAGGUGGGUAGACUGAUGUAGAAGAGCAGAAAAUCAGUGAGUGCCGCGGCAGUAAAUCUUAUAACGUAGCGAAAGGCCAGUCCUGAAAUGCGAUGCGGCCGUGCUUGGCAGAGGGUGUGCCCAUCUACUCAUCAACCCAGUUUUACGAAUCAGAGGCGUGGCCACGUUAGUCUGUCGGAGCACAAAUAAAAAAGCAGUCUAGUUGGCACCUGGUUUAUUCCAGCCCCAGCUUUCGUGGACUAGAGCCGCUUCUUUAGACGCAUACAGGGAGUUAUCACAGGCAUAUAAAUGUGCGGUCGUAAAAUAUAUAUAUAUAAGCAGCAGGGUGAAAGGGGCCAUGGAAUGUAAUGCUAUAAACCGGAAACCUGAUCAAAGAAAAGUACAGAGCCCAUUCACAAUACCAAUAGUUGGCUCUUCCUCUAGUUUUCUUGAGCUAGUUAACGCUAAUCUCGGGCGUUGCUAAGGUAUGAAGUGGUGUUAACUAAGUCCUUGUUUAGUUCUUGGACCGAGAUAAGGAUUGUGCCAAGCCUUUUGUUGAACUUAAGUCAGCUGUUUCACCUGGGAGUCUCUGGAGAAGCGCGACUUUCAGAUCUCACUGUAGGUGUUAACUUCCGUAGUACAAGCUGGGUCAAUGACAGCUUCUGGGAAAGUUCUCUGUGCUUUUCUUGAUUCCGUUUGCGUUACUGGUCCCUUGAGGACGAUAUUUACAAUAUUAUUCCUUAACUUCAGGUAUGCAUAACUUCCUAGUGAAGAACUGCACGCAUCUGGCAAAAAGGCUCUGGUCUGUGAAAGCUCGGGCUGGGAUAAAACCUUGUUGGUCUUGAAAGGGGCCACAGGACUCCUGCUUAUUCUUUAUAGAAACCAUGAUAGGCAAGCAGUGAAGACAGUAGUGCUGAUGCAGACAUGUUCAGGCCCACAUUUCGGAAAUUCACUGCAGGGAAUCGGUAUGGGAGGUCAUUUUUUUCCUUCUGUCGGUUAAAAUAAGGGAAACGAGGCACAUAAAUCUUAACAUCCUAAUUUGAUUUUGAAAAGGGUUAGUCCUGUACAGUUUAAUAAGAUGAUCAUAUUGUAUAAAGAUGUUAACCUGGGAAAAAAAUGUUUAAAAUAAUGCAAUGGCUAUAUCAGCACUUUAUUAAACAGAAUACGGUAGAAUGCAUUUGUGUCCACCAAGGUAUUUUUUUUUAAAAAAAAAAAUGUUUACAUUUCUUAUU